GGACGCGGGCGGAGGCGGACCCCGGAGUGCGGGGCGCCCGCCCCCAGCAACUUGCGGCGACCCGGCACACAGGGCCGCGCGUCCCCGAAUUCGCGCUCCCGGGACCCCCGACCGAGACUCUGAACCCCGCGGCCUCGGAGCGGGGCCGCGUCUCUGCAGAUCUCCGGCUCCUCCUCGCCGGGACACGCGGGUACUCGGGGGGCCGGUGUGCACUUGGGACUGCGGCGCCGGACCUGACCCGGGACGGGGCGGUCACUCCUCUGGCCGCGGACCGGGGACAGGGCGCCACAGUCGAGGUGGACGCUGCAGUCGGCCUGGCCCCUCCCAGGGCGGCGGUCCCGGACCGAAGUGCCCGGCACUCUGAGGGUCCCGGGACUGGAGCCCCCCGCUUGGCGCGGCCGAGGGACUCGGGCCGCCUCUCAGGUCGCCGUUUCCGUCGGGGAAAACCGGGCAGUGGACUCGGCCUCCCAGGGCCCCGCGCUAGGCCGUGCGCCUUCGACUCUGCGGCGGGAGCCAGGGAUGGGGCGUCCUGCCCUGAGUUUCGGGGGUGCGGAUGGGGAGAGGGUGAGGCAGCCGGUGCUCCUGCUCCGGACUUGGGCUGCACGUCCCGAGGCUGGAGCUGCUUCGAACCCAACCCGGGCGGGCGAGGACACUCUACCGGACCGAGGGACUCUCACCCGCCUCUCUCAUCGCCCAGGGUGCCUGGGCUGGGACCCCAUUUGUCCGCCAAGCUCCCUGCGGUGCGGGUCACGCCACACGCAGCCCUGGCUGUGCUGCGGGACUCCUGCCCCGGCCCGCACCCAGCGGCCAGGCCACAGGCGGGGCGGGCCCCGGGGCAGCCGAGGUGCAGGGGCGGCGCUGCUCGGGCCGGGACGCGGGCCACCGAGGCCUGGGGCGGAGGAGGCCAGAAAGGAGGCCAGGCGGCGGGAAAGGGGAUGAUUCAUCCCAGGAGCCCGAAUUGGAAACGCCGCAGCCUGGGAACAGCCUUCCCGGGGCGGACGGCGGAGCCAGAAGGGGAGCCGGGCGAGGCCUGCCCCUGGCCCCGGGUCCCGCCGGGCGGCCGCGGGUGCGGGCACUUGGGCGCCGAGUUUGCAGGGUUCCAGGGCGGAGUCGGGCGCGGGUCCUGCUCUGGGCGAUCCCGCCGGAGUCCCGCUCAAGUGUCUCCUGCUGCAGCCUCGGUGCAGAUGAGGCGAUCCGGGAGGAGGGGGCAGGAAGCGGCAGAGCCGGCGACAACCCCCCGCUCCCGCCGCUGCGAGCGCCCGGACGCCGGCGAGAUGACGGCGGGGAGCCCCGGAGACUGCGGGGAGGUGCGGAGGAGCCCCGAGGGCCGCGUGUCCCGCCUGGGCCGGCGCCUGGGCCGCCGCCGGCGCCCGCGCACCCCGCCCGAGCCUCUGCGGGUGCGGGCGCGGCUGCGGCUGCGCUCGCCGUCGGGGGCGUUCGCGGCGCUGGGGGCGCUCGUGGUACUGGUGGGCAUGGGCAUCGCCGUGGCCGGCUACUGGCCGCACCGCGCCGGGAGCCCAGGGGCCCGGGCUGCCAACGCCAGCGCGCCCCCCGUGAGCGAGCUGCGACGGGACGGCCGCGGCGCCGGCCGCGCGCACGGCCCGCACGAGCGCCUACGGCUCUUGGGCCCGGUGGUCAUGGGCGUCGGCCUGUUCGUGUUCAUCUGCGCCAACACGCUGCUCUACGAGAACCGGGACUUGGAGACGCGACGGCUGCGCCAGGGGGCGCUGCGGGCCCAGGCGCUGCGGCCCCCCGACGGCCCCGGCUGGGACUGUGCCCUCCUGCCUAGCCCCGGUCCCAGGACUCCCAGAGCCGUUGGCUGCUCAGAGCCGGACAGUUGGGACCUGUCGGCGUACCGGGGCACGUCGCCGGUGCCCUCCGUGCGGAGUCUGCGGUCCGAGCCUGCGAACCCUCGCCUGGGGCUCCCAGCCCUGCUCAACAGUUACCCUCUGAAGGGUCCGGGACUGCCCUCGCCUUGGGGCCCACGAGCCCAGACUGGCCACGUGAUUAUCACCGUGCAGCCUUCCGGUUCCUGCAUCGAACAUUCCAAGUCUCUGGAUCUGGGCCUUGGAGAGCUUCUGCUCGGGGCCCCGGCAGCACACGAUGGUGCCCACCGGAGCUGGCCACGAUUGGAACGCCUCAGUCUGGGGGGUUACGCCAAGCUGGGCGAAGGGGAUGUGGGGGCCAGGGUAUGAGGAGCACGCGGUGGUCACUGGGUCGGAAGUUCCAGUGUCUGGUAGAUGCUUCCCCAUGCACAUCGCAGAUGGGGAGGACGCCUUGGCUCCCCGCCGCUCGGCUGUCCUGACCUGCAUGUGGGCAGAGAAAGGCCAGCUGCACAAAGUCCACUAAGCUGGAGUGUUUCACCAGCACGACUGGCCUCAGGGAUUCCUUCAGUCUCCCGGCGUGGCCCGGGCCACUGCAGGUACUUGAGGGGGCUGGAGGGUUGGGCCACCGUGCCAGGAGUUGCACCGUGUCAGGCAAGCCCUAAGGGGUGGCCCCUGGGAAGACGCCUGGUGUCAGAUCCUCAGAUCCCCCCACUGUUGCCUGGGAUGUGGACCGAGCCUUUAAUCCCAUGCCCCUCUUCUCUCAGCCAUGCAGGGUCACCCCACUAGGGCUGCCUUACUGCCAGUCUUCAUCCCCAGGGGAGCCCCACCCCAGGCGGUUCCAAGGAGCCUCCUCCCCUCCGUUGCAAAAUCUCUCCGGUUGGCAUAAAAAGCGUUUGCCACUCAGAAUCCCUUGUCUGUCCUGAUGCUGUACUUGGGACAGUGGCCGCUGCUUCCUUCUGAGAAUGCUCAUGUCUGGGCUGCCCUGCCCGGGCGUCAUUUUCACUACGUGGCUGGUAGGAGACAAUUUGAGAAGCUGAUGAAUCCUCACAGAGCCCAUUUUUUUGGUUUGUUUUGUUUAUUGAAAAAUGCAAUACAGGAAGCAAGACCAAACAUGUAUCUAAACACUACAACCACUUGUACUACGAAAAGCCCCAACAGCAGACCUAAUUAUUGCCUAGUUAAUCUAAGGAUUUUGCCAAUUUGAUUCUGCUGUCAUAAUUCCUAUUUUGUCAAGAAAUGUAAACAACUACUUGAUAUGAUUCAUAAUUUUUUAAAAAAUUUACAAAGCUCCUUCAUUUUUGUCACCAAAAUAAUACAUUUCAGAGAGAUUUGUAAAAACCAGCCUGGGGCUGAGAUUCUAGGCAGGUUCCAUCUGCCUCACCCUGGCCACGGCGGGGGCUCUUUCCCUGGGGGGCUGUUGUAGCCCCCCACCCUCAGCUGAUACACUCACGUCCUGCUUUGGGGGUGGGUGAGUGGAUGGGUGGCGAAGAACUCGUGUGGCUUGAGGGAAAUCUUUAUUUCUCAAGUGAAAUAAAAAUAAAAUUGCAGCAGAA